GGCUCCUCCCCUGAGUAAGAAGCUUGGUGCCAGCCACUUUCUGACUCAUUCUGGGCUGAAACUCAGCCUAGCAGACAUCCUGUUGACAAGUGGGAGCCCAGAACGUACUGCAAAAAGCCCAAUGCUUUGCUGUUAACAAAGGGGACACCUUGUUUGGGUUCCUUCCCCCCAAGGAGGGAUCACGUUACUCUAGGUGUGGCUCAGCUGCUUCUCCUAGGAGGGGUGAAGAGAUCUUCGGUGCCAGCAAGCUGAUGGCCCGGGAGAGAAGAGAGUCUUGACUGUUUCAUACUUUCUACUACUGGAAGCAGGGAAAAUGGCCUUGCAGCCACCUUUGCUGCCACCCCCACCGGCUCUCCGGAGCCCCAGGACUACCCAAUAUAUCUAUCAGCUCCCUUCUUGGGUGCUGGAGGACUUCUGCCACAAGAUGGACAGCUUGAGUGAAUGGGACUGGAUGCAAUUUGCCUCCUACGUGAUGACGGACCAGACCCAGCUGAGGAAGAUCAAGUCCAUGGAGAGGAUCCAAGGAGUCAGCAUCACCCGGGAGCUGCUGUGGUGGUGGGGGAUGAGGCAGGCCACGGUGCAGCAGCUCCUGGACCUCCUGUAUCGACUCGAGCUCUACCGAGCCGCCCAAGUCAUCCUGGACUGGGGGGCCAUUCCCGAAAUUGCUAGUGCUUCUCAUGUUCUUCCUGACUCUACGCACCCUGGGAAGUCCUCUCUGGCUUCACUAAGAAAACCUGAGGAAACUCAAGAAAAAGGUCUUCAGAAAUCAUCAGGAUUGACUCCCUCCUCCAGCUCAGAGCCAGGUCCAAGUGGAUGCUCAAACCGAGUCUUACAGCUGCCUUUUAUUGAAGAUGACCUCCCUCAUUCCUUAAAGACAAAUCCUUCUACUUCAGAUAUAAAGAAUUGUCAUGCCUACAUUACUCAGCAUCAACCACUCCUGAGUCUAAAUGGCGAGAGCCUUUACUGGACUGAAAUGGAAGUGAUCAAGGCUACCAAUGGAUUUGGCCAAGAGAACAAAAUCAGCCAAGGGACGUUUGCUGAUGUCUAUAAAGGGCAAAGACACAACAUAACGUAUGUCUUUAAGAAGCUCCAAAAGACCAGGUGCCCAAGAAAUCUAUCCGUUGAGAGUUUCUUCCACAUGGAAGUCCAGAUUUGCCUUAGGUGCUCCCAUCAAAACAUAUUACCCUUGCUCGGCUUCUGUACGGGGGAAGUGUUUCACAGUGUGAUACACCCCUAUAUGCCCAAUGGCUCCCUCGAGGACAGACUCCGAUGUCAGGAUAAUACUGAUCCCCUGUCCUGGGAACAACGGAUUAACAUUUCCUUAGGAUUUCUUGGAGCCAUCGAAUACUUACAUGGUCUCAAGAUUAUUCAUGGCAAUAUCAAGAGCUCCAAUGUUCUACUGGAAAGAAACUUCAUUCCCAAACUUGGACACCCAAGGGUUCGCGUAUCCUCUAAUGAUAAAAAAUCCUCCUAUACCAUGAUGAACACCCAGCUUUUCCAGGCUGUGGCUGCAUAUGUUCCUGAAGAUUUCCUCAGAGUGGGGCAGCUUACAGAAAGAGUUGACAUCUUUAGUUGCGGAAUAGUAUUAGCAGAGAUUCUGACAAGUAUCCCAGCGAUGGAUAAAGAGAGAACUCCAGUUUUUCUGAAGGACUUACUCAUCAGUGAAAUCCCAAGCCCUAAAACCCUACUGUGCUCCAAGAACAAAUGUGUGGAGAAGCUAGCUGCCAAGGAGAUCUGCCAGAAAUACCAGGAUGCCAAAGCUGGGUACCUACCGGAGAACUGCGCUGUAGACUUUGCUACAGCUGUCUACCUCUGCCUGCAGAAAAAAACCCCCAACCUGACCCAGGUGUGUGCUAUUGUGGCAGAGUUGAAUCGGCAAAUCAGAAACCCCCAGAGCCUCCUCAGCCCCAGUGGCAAUUCGGAAUUGAAGAACUCUUCAGUGAACACCCCAGAAGAAACUGAUGAUGUUGAUAAUGUUAGCGUGGAAGGUUCUUCCUCAGAUGAACCUGACAAGAAUGGACUCUGGGCAGGAGCAGGGUCCUCGUCACCCCAACCAGGGUAUAGGGAAGGAAGGUGUUUGACCAAUGGCAUAGAGGCUGACUCUUCAGUGGGUCCUGGCCCUUCACAUCCUCAAGAUGCAACAGAAACUUCUUGGGAAGUUGAAGUCAAUGAUGCCAAGAAGAAAUUGAUGGAAAAUAUUUUGCUCUAUGAAGAAGAAAAGUUAAACAGCAAGGAGCUAUUUGGAUCUUUUGAACCAUAAAUCGGGCAGGGGAGACACCAGAUGGAUAAAGACUUUCAGGUCACAAGAACGAGUGAGAGGAUACUUUUCAUGGACAAGAUAAAACCUCUACUUUUAUAGACAAAAGUCUACCUGGUCCAUUAGCUUUCCACAGUCUGAAGUCUGAGCUUCAAGUUUUAAACCUGAGAUAAGGGAAACAGAAUGGAGGAGCCCUAGCAGGAAGAAGGAAACUACAAAACACUUUAUUAAGCCCUUGGAAUAGUUCUCUGUAGCAAAGAACACUGUCCAUUUCAGCCUGAGUUUAACUGUUACUAAUCAUUGUGCCUCUUGGUGAAUCAGAAGUCUAGAGCUCAUCUUUUAAGCCUCAAAAAUAGCCCUGGACUUGAUUUGAAAAGACUUCCUCCAGCGUCUGAGCAGAAUAACUGACGGAGCAUCCCCUGAUUUUGGAACAUUCAGGACUUUGUUGAACUUUGCAUCCAUGCCAGGCAAAACCGAUCAUGCUGCCUUUUCAGUUUGUGUUAGAAUGCAUUCAUUGUUCAAUGCUCUCAUCGCACAGCUUCUGAUUACAUGGGAGAUAUGAAUGCUUUCAGGCUGAAUCUCCUUUGCUAGAAAUGAGUCAAAUAUUUAUUAUUUAUCAUUAGCUUUGACCCAUGCUAUGUUUUAUCCCUCUACCUCUGCCCCCAAGGGACAUCAGUGAUUUAGAGGAGGGAAAAAGCUUUCCCCCUCUUCUUUUUCUAAGCUACAUUUUCUAAUGAAAGAUUUUUUAUUUUUAGAAUAUGUGUUGUUUAGUUUUAGUCAGAGGCUCUGGGUUUGAGUGCUAGUUUUUAUCUAUGAACCUUAAAGAAGUCACUAAUCCUCACCCUAAGUCUCAGUUUCUCCAUCUGAAAAAUCAAGGAGUGAGAAUUGUUAAUCUUUAAGGUCUUUUCCAAUUUGUGCAUUCUAGGGUUCUGAUUUAUUGCCUUUUGCAACAUUUGUACACAUAAUGCUCUGAGAGGCAUUGGGGCACAGCGGGGAGGAGGGUGACUUUGAAGUCAAGAUGAUCUUGGCCCAUUUGAAUCUUGCCUCCUGAUAUAGGCUAACUGAUGACCACAGAGAAAUUACUUACCUUCUCAGUGCUCCACAUACCUCUCUAAGACAGUGGUCUCCAAAUUGCUUUGAUUGUACAUUCCUGUAGACAAACAUUUUUGAGUUACUCACUGUAUAUGUAUUUAUUUAUAAAGUGUAUACCUGUAUAAUUUUAUUCAUAUAUUAUGUGAAGCAUAAAACAAAUAGAAGCAGAACAAUGAAAAAGAUGAGAUAAACUAAAAUAAAUAUUUGGAAUUAAAAAAAUUAAUGGUAGGAAAAAACUCUUUGUUCUACCUAAAAUCAUUACUAAUUUAAUGCAAUUUGAUAAUUUAAUAUAUACAGCUAAAUCUUGACUAAUGUAAAAAAUGAAUCCUCUGCAGUAGUCACAUUAUUUGAACUUGUACAGAAUAUUUUGAUGGUGCUCGAACCAGUGACUAUAUUUUACAUAACUGCAACUUCGAAUGGUACAUAUUUGAAUAUAUUCUUUGGGAUUUAGCUGUAAUGAAAUAAAAUAUAUACUUAAUAAUAUAAA